UUCAGAGCUGAGAUCUCUCUGCCUUUUUCCUUCAGAGCUGAGAUCUCUCUGCCUUCUUCCCUAGGAGCAGAGAUCUGUCUUCCUUCUUCCUUUGUAGCUGAGAUCUCUCUGCCUUCCCAUCUCUCUGCCUUCUUCCCCUUUGAGCUUAGAUCUCUCUGCCUUCUUCCUUCAGAACUGAGAUCUCUCUGUUCUUUCCCCCUCGGAGCAGAGAUCUCUCUGUCUUCUUCACUUGGAGCUGAGAUCUAUCUCUCUGCCUUCUGAAAACCAUCUCUGCAUGUGCAGGUCCCAGCUUGCAGACGACCAAAGCCUCUUCCAAGGAGAGAGCCUUGAACCAGAGGGAAUGGCCCCUGGGACCCAGAGACCCUCAUCCCAGGAGUCGGUGACAUUCCAGGAUGUGGCUGUGGACUUCACCAAGGAGGAGUGGGGCCUUUUGGACCAUUCUCAGAAAGAGCUAUACAAGGAGGUCAUGCUGGAGAAUAUCUAUAACCUACUCUGCCUGGGGUUUCCAGUUCCCAGAGAAGGUCUGAGCUCCUAUAUCGAGGGAGGAGAAGCACUGUGGAUUCUGGAGCCAAAAUGCCCAAGGAACUUUUGUCCAGAUGCAGUAACCAGGUUUAAAGUGAAUGAGACUAAAGUGAAUGAGAGUAUUUCUGUGGAAGAAGCUGGCCAGCUAAGAUUCAUGAGCAAUAGUCCCUGUGACUUCAGUGUGAGAGAAAUCUGUGACUCUGAUAUCAAGGUAGAUAAAAAUCCACAGAAUCCUUAUGAAUUUGAUGAAGUUGGAAAGACCUUGAUACAAUAUUCAGGCCUAAAUAACUGUAACACAGUGACCCCAAGAAAUGACUGCUUUCAGUACAAAUGCUUUACUGAACAGGCAGAGCUUAUUCAGUCCCAUGAAAAGCCUCCUGAAAUGCAAACGUAUCAAGGUAAUCAAAAGAAAGUGGCCUUCAGCUUGAGUUCAGACCUCACUGGACAUCAGAAAAGUUAUACUGGCAAAAACCUUUAUAUAUGUAAUGAAGGAAAAAAGGCCUUCAGUGAGAACUCUAAGAUCAUUAGCCAUCAGAAAAUUUGCAUUGAAAAGAAUCCUUAUAAAUGUAAUGAAAUUUUAGCAACCUUAACCCAUCACUCAUAUCUUCCUUACCAUCCUGGAUUUAAUACUGGAAUGAAAACACAUGCAUGUAAUCAGUGUGGGAAGGCAUUUCAUUUAAAAUCAGAUUUAGUUAGACAUCAGAAGAUUCAUACUGGAGAGAAGCCUUUUAAAUGUAAUGAAUGCGGGAAAACCUUCAGCUACAGAUCACGCCUUACUAGCCACCAGAGAAUUCACACUGGAGAGAAACCUUAUAAAUGUAAUGAAUGUGGGAAGGCCUUCUGCUACAAAUCAGCCCUUAUUGGUCAUCAGAGAAUUCACACUGGAGAGAAACCUUAUGAAUGUAAACAAUGUGGAAAUGCUUUCCGAUGGAGCAUCAGCCUUGCUAUACAUGAGAGAAUUCACACCGGAGAGAAACCUUAUGAAUGUAAUCAAUGUGGAAAGACUUUCCACCAGAGCUGCAAUCUUGCUGUACAUCAGAGAAUUCAUACUGGAAAGAAACCUUAUGAAUGUAAUCAAUGUGGGAAGGCCUUCUGCUCCAGAUCGAACUUUUUGCUCCAUCAGAGAACUCACACUGGAGAGAAACCUUAUGAAUGUAAUCAAUGUGGAAAAUCUUUCCAACAGAAAUGCAGUCUUACUGCACAUGAGAGAAUUCACACUGGAGAAAAACCUUAUAAAUGUAAUCAAUGUGUAAAGGCCUUCUGCUCCAGAUCAACCUUUUUGCAACACCAGAGAAUUCACACUGGAGAGAAACCUUACGAAUGUAAACAGUGUGGGAAAGCUUUCCAACGUAAUUCUGACCUUGCUGCACAUCAGAGGAUUCACACUGGAGAGAAACCUUAUGAAUGUAAUCAAUGUGGAAAGGCUUUCAGAUACCUCUCUAGUUUUGCUGCACAUAGGAGAACUCACACUGGAGAGAAACCUUAUGAAUGUAAUCAAUGUGGAAAGACUUUCCGACAGAACUCCAAUCUUAUUGCACAUCAGAGAAUCCACACAAAAGAGAAUCUUAUGAAGAUAAUCAAUAUGGGAAGGCUUUCCAAUGGAACUCCAGUCUUGCUACAAAUCAGAGAACCCACAUUGCAGAGAAAACUUAUGAAUGUAAUCACUGUGGAAAAACUUUCCGACAGAACUCUAAUCUUAUUGCGCAUCAGAGAAUCCACACUGGAAAGAAACCUUAUAAAUGUAACGAAUGUGGAAAGACUUUCCGAAAGAAGUCCCAUCUUGCUGCCCAUCAGACGAUCCACACUGGAGAGAAAUCUUAUGUAUGUAAUCAAUGCGGAAAAGGUUUUACAAGGAGGUCUGGACUUGCUACACAUCAGAGAACCCACACUGGAGAGAAACCUUAUGAAUGUAAUCAGUGUGGAAAGGUUUUUAGAUACAGCUCCAGCUUUGCUACACAUCAGAGAAUCCACACUGGAGAAAAACCUUUUGAAUGUCAUCAAUGUGGAAAGGGUUUCACAAGGAAGUCCAGUCUUGAUACACAUCAGAGAAUCCACACAAAAGAGAGUCCUUAUGAAUGUAAUCAAUGUGGAAAGACUUUCCGACAGUACUCCAAUCUUAUUACACAUCAGCAAACCCACAUAAAAAAGAACCCUUAUGAAUAUAAUCAGUGCUGAAAUGUUUUGUG